AUGGCCCUCCAGCAGGUGUUCAACGCUGCUGCACAAUACAACGGGUCGAUCGGUGACAAGCCACCCAUCGGCACACCUCCACAAUCAUCCACGAUCUCGUUCAACGCGCUCAACCGCAAGAUUACGUCAUUCUACUUACAUGUCCAUGUGCCCAAUACCGACGCCCGAACGUUCUACGAGCGAUAUGGCUUUGUCGAACGCGAGCGUAUUGCGGGGUAUUAUCGCAAAUUGGGAUCGAGUGAUGGUCCUGAGCGCGACGCGUGGGUUCUCGAGAGACCCGUCACGACCGAGACAAACGGAACAGAUUGA